AUGAUGCUGUCUCGGAAACCCGGCCCCUGCCUUCAAUGGGCUCAGGGAGCUGCUCGUAUCUACAGCAGACGAUUGCAUCCAGCACCAGCACCAGCGCCAGCACCUGCUGACUCGAAAUUCAUGCUAUCCCAAGGCUUGGCGGUCCUUCCCCAGAGCUCGGCCUUCCUGACGUCGUCGUCACUGUGGACGUGUACUCGAUCCUCACGAUGCAUCGAGCGUUCUUGGCACAAGACUCAACUCAAUUUCCUGCGGCACAAGGGCCUUCCCUACUCCACGUCCAAACAACCGGGUGACACCCAAGUGAACCAAAGAUCUACGGCUGCUGACCCCAAAAAGCCGCUUCUCAAAGUCCUUACGAAGAUAACCCCACAUGAGAACAUCUACACGAUACCUAACAUCCUCACAUUUUCUCGUCUCAUAGCCGCACCAGUUGUGGGGUAUCUCGUCCUCCACGAUCAUCAUGCCUGGGCAGUGGGUCUCUUCGCAUAUGCUGGAAUCACGGAUCUAGUUGAUGGCUGGAUAGCCAGACGGUGGAACCUUCAGACCGUUGUGGGAACUGUCAUUGACCCGAUGGCGGACAAGACUUUGAUGACGAUUCUAACUGUGUGCCUUGCCAUCAAAGGCGCUCUCCCUGUCUGGCUCGCUGCCAUUAUUCUUGGGCGUGAUGUUGGCCUUGCAAUCACAGCCAUAUACUAUCGCUGGAUAUCCCUUCCUCCGCCGAAAACAUUCGCGCGAUACUGGGACUUCUCCUUGCCAUCAGCAGAAGUUCAUCCUACGACCAUCAGCAAGUAUAACACUGCUCUACAACUGGCUCUGAUUGGGGCCACAACGGCCAUGCCGCUGGUGACUGUUGAUGUUUCAACGGCAAUGACGGCUAUGCAAUAUCUGGUUGCAACUACUACGGUGUGGAGUGGCGCGAGCUAUAUCUACUCGAAAGAUGCCGUGAAGAUUUUGAAUCAAGAGAAGGAACCCCAAGCUGGAGAAGCCAAGGGGAAGAAAUGA